AUGUCCACUGCUAAGCGUCUCGUUCUUUCCCUGCGGGGCAGAAAGCAGUCGUCGCCUGGAGGUGUUGUGCCCUGUGACCCGGGUUCGAGUUCAAGCAGCACGCGACUGGUGAUAGGAGGCGGCGGGUCCCGAUACAGCGGGGCUCAAUGCCCUUCCCCUGGGGGAGAUCAGCACCAUCACACCAGCUUCUGCAGUAACCACGAGCUGGAUGAGAUCGCGGUUGUGUCCACAAACGCCGAUCCCCUACACGUUAAAUAUGGCAGUGGGUCUCUUACAGCUGCCAACGGACCGAGACUUGUACCAGGGAUCAUAACCACUUCUGGCCGGAUGAUCGGAGAGCGGCUGAGUGCCUCUGGGACGCGUCUUAACACCUCGAGCCCAGUGCAGUCGGCUUAUCACGGCAACAAAAGCAGCACGGAGAGCGUCCCUCGUUCCAGCACCGGUGGUCUCAAGUCCGUAUCCAGGCAAAGCCUCCUUGAUAUCGUAAGCUGUCGGCUCGGGGUCGGCCGAAACAAGCAGCAGCAGCACCAGCGAUACUUCUCGUCAUCGCGGGAUUCGCUGGCAGCUGCCUAUGUAAACCGGGCUGCGGCUGUUUCGUCUACUGCAUCCGAGCUGGAUCUGAGUCGCAAGACGCGUCGGCGCGACCUGAGGGGGCGUCUCAAGUUGCCAGCUACCGUCACCCUAGCGUCAUCCACCUGUGGAAACGAGCCACCACUGCUCGGACACUGGGGACAUCGUGGGGCAUCGGGCGGCGGGCCAGGUGGCACGGGUUCAGGCUCGGGCAACCAGAAUGGCACGUCAUCAUGCGACGGCGGUGACCGCUAUCAGCACCGCCGAAAUGGCUACUAUCCUCGCUUGAGGGCCGGAGCGCCCAAUUGGUCCUUCGUGUUUGACCCAGCUGGACGCCUCUGCUACUACUGGUCCAUGGUAGUGUCACUCGCCUUCCUGUAUAACUUCUGGGUCAUCAUCUACCGCUUCGCCUUUCAGGAGAUCAAUGGAGAAACGAUUGUGGUGUGGUUCUGUCUGGAUUACCUUGCAGACUUCCUCUACCUUGCCGACAUCGUGUUCCACUUCCGGACAGGAUAUCUAGAGGACGGUGUGCUGCAGACAGACUCGACUAAGCUACGUAAUCACUACAUGAACUCCACCACAUUCUACAUCGAUUGCCUCUGUCUUCUGCCGUUAGAUUUCCUUUAUCUCUCGAUAGGUUUCAAUUCUAUUCUCCGCUCAUUUCGUCUAGUCAAGAUAUAUCGGUUCUGGGCUUUCAUGGACCGGACUGAGAGACACACAAAUUAUCCGAAUUUGUUUCGAUCCACGAGUUUGAUACAUUAUUUGUUAGUGAUCUUCCACUGGAACGGUUGUCUCUAUCAUAUAAUAUAUAAGAACAACGCGUUUGGUAGUAAGAACUGGGUGUAUGGUGAUAGUGAGACUGCGGACGUCGUAAAACAGUAUCUACAGAGUUAUUACUGGUGUACCCUGGCGCUGACCACGAUAGGGGACUUGCCCCGUCCGCGCAGCAAGUUCGAGUAUAUGUUCGUUAUCCUGCAACUGCUCUUCGGCCUCCUGUUGUUCGCAACUGUACUGGGUCACGUGGCCAACAUCGUCACCAGCGUCAGUGCUGCUCGCAAGGAAUUCCAGGCCAAACUGGAUGGCGUCAAGACGUACAUGAGGAUGCGCCGUGUCCCAAACCAUCUUCAGGUGAAAGUCAUCAAGUGGUUUGACUACUUGUGGCUGACGCAGAAAUGUUCCGACGAAGAGAAAGCUGUCAGCUGUCUUCCAGAUAAGCUGAAGGCAGAAAUAGCAAUCAACGUGCAUUUGGACACCCUGAAGAGAGUGGAGAUCUUCCAGAACACCGAAGCGGGCUUCCUGUGUGAGCUAGUGCUGAGGUUACGCCCUGUCCUCUUCUCUCCUGGAGACUACAUUUGUAGGAAAGGUGAGGUGGGGAAAGAGAUGUACAUCGUUAACAGGGGGCGCCUGCAGGUAGUGGCUGAUAAUGGUCGGACAGUUCUUGCCACACUCAAAGCUGGCUCCUACUUCGGAGAGAUAUCCAUCCUCAAUAUGGGUACCGCAGGCAACCGGCGCACUGCAUCAGUUCGGUCGGUGGGCUACAGCGAUCUCUUUGUCCUCUCGAAGACUGAUAUGUGGGAUGUGCUGAAGGAGUAUCCAGCUGCCAGGGUGCGGCUUGAGGCCAUCGCUGUCAAGCGCCUUGAGAAGUACAAGAGGGCGCCGCUAGAGAGGGAUACUUGGGGUGGUGAGAUGGAGGAGAUGUCAUCGUUGUGGCGCGGAGUUGGCGCUCUGCGGCUGCAGUCGGGCAGACAAGUGCUGCCAUCGGGCGCUGCAAUGGGUCGCAGUCAAUCUACGCCAGGUCUGGUGGAAUCUCGAGGUCGAAUUCCAUUGGAAGAUAUGUGGGUGUCUCCAUUAGAGCCAGUUAUUACAGGGGGGUCAUCACUAGGACCGCCACCAUACUCAGCCAACUCCCUCUUCAGCCCCACACUUAGUCCAACUUCCAGGUCUCUGCACGGGCGCGUGCGCACCAUGGAAUCACCCCUGUCAGCCACAUCGAGUGGACUGUCUUCAGAUGAUGAGCGGAGGGGCAGUGGGGUCCAGGCCCCAUGCCGUCAUGUGCCUCAACCAGGUGCUCGUACAGGCUCCACUUCUCGCAGUUAUGGGUCAUGUGCCGGAGAAGCUCAUGCCGGUUCAGGUGUCCGGUCUGGUACCAGUACCACACUGACUCAGCUGCUAGAAACCACACCUCUUGUUGCAUCCUGCGCCAGUGAGCAUUCAUCUGCCUCACCUGUUAGUGGGGACCUACCCACAGCUCGGGCAUCUGCUGCAGGCCAGCUGUUGCCGUGCAACAGUAUAACUCAGCUAGAAGGGGAUGAUGAGAGGGAAACAACAUCACUAAUGUCACAUGAGGCCUUAAUCGCGGAGAUCAAGCGUCUGCGUGAACGACUCGUUACGUUGGAAACAGAGAAUGCAUCCAUGAGCAUCAAGUUGAGUCAGCAACAGUGGGAGGUUGAGCAUCGCCUAGCUGAGAUAGAGAUGCAGAUCUGUGGGGCCAGUAGUGGUGGGAGCAGCACGGAAGACAAUGAACGUAAUCGUGAAUCCAUCAUUUAACACCAGAGACCGCUGCUGCCUGGUGUCCUCACCACUGGCAGCAGCCAUCACAAGUCUCGCAUAGUAUCAUCACAUCCUGUUCAUCACAAGCCCACUCAAUUAAACUUGGCCUAUGUGCUGGUACAGUUUUGCUUGUUUUGUACCAUAGUGAAGUUGGAAUGCUUCUUGGCCAUUCUGUGUGCCAGGCAGCUCACUAUACAUAAUACUUUCAUUAGGAUGUGCGGUCAAUAUGAGUGGUACCAACACUCCAGUUUUUAGGUACACAGACUAUGUUUUAGACUAACACAGUUUGAUAAAAUGCAUUUCUUUUGGAAACAAUUUUUUUAUGUUUAUGUUCUUCCCCCUUGAACUUCUUGCACUGAGCAUAAGGCUCAUAUUUGAUAAUCAAUAUACUAUUUGGAUAUUGACACAGAAGGAAUCAGAAGGGAACAUUUUUGUCAUUGGGGCUAAGACUUAUGGACCAUCUUAGCAUUGAUUCAGAAUUUGUGUUACCAUUUAAUUUAAUUCUGCUAAAAUUAGUUAAGCACAGGGACAACUUUACCUUUAUAAAGUAUAUAAAUACCAGUUCCCUUAUAUUUUUCAUGCUGGAUCACUUCCAUUAUACUGCCAGAAUUUCGGGUAUAACUGCAAUCAGAUGAUGCAUUCUUGACAUGGUAGCACAGUCAUCUCAGAGUAGCCUCCACUGUGUUAACAAAAGACAUUCUAAAUAUUGUUACUUGGAAAUCAUCAUGCUGUAACUGGCUCAGAUUAAUGCAUGAUAUUUAUACAGUGGCCAUCUUGUAGUGCACUCAAUUUCACCUGUUACUUCACGACA